AUGUCAACUGAGAGUGAUUUAAAGUCUCGAGUUCCACCUGCUACCAAAACUCCAUUGGAUGUGUCAGUUUCUGGGUUGAAGAAAACAGUGACACAAGUUAUGAACACGGAUGUUGAUGAUGUGUUGAAACGUAAAAAUAUUAAUACAAACCAAAAGUUCAGCGGGAAGAUAGAAUAUGCCAUAUACAAGACGCUUUUGAUAUUUCUCUACGUGAUAUAUGCUAUCACUAGAUAUUUCCAACGUGAAUACAAUAGAAUUGCCAUCAAACUGUUGGACUUGGCGUAUAAUCCUUCGAAUUCACCACAGUUGAUCAGGCAGGACGUGAAUAAAUUACAGAAGAUCCCUAAAAGGCUAGCGGCAAUCUUAGAAUCAAAACCCGAGGGUGACAUAGGUGGAGGUCUACCGGGACUCAUCAACGACGCGAGUGACGUGGUAUGCUGGACCGUUUCUGCCGGAAUUAAGCAUUUAAUACUGUACGAUUACGACGGUAAGAUGAAACAGAACGUGCAUGAACUAAGAGCCGGCAUCCAUCAUAAACUAGCGAAGUAUUUUGGUCUGGAUAAUGUACCCAAGUUCGCAAUCAAGAUACCGCAUACAAACCAAAUCUUUUUCGACAAAGACGAGGAUCAGAAGGAUUUAUCGCCUGAAAAGUCAACGACAAAACAUAAGGUGGCCGUUGAAAUUUCUUUACUAUCCAAAGUUGAUGGUAGAGACACGAUCCUUGAAUUGACCAAGACAAUGGCCGAUCUAUGUGCCAAGGGCCAAUUGAAGGUGGAAGACGUUGAUACGAAAUUAGUCAACCAAGAACUAACACAGCUCGUAGGACAUGAACCCGAUUUACUUCUAUUUUUCGGUCCUGCAUUGGAUUUACAAGGAUUCCCACCAUGGCAUAUCAGAUUAACAGAAUUAUACUGGGAAACUGACAACGAUCAAGUUUCAUACUACGUUUUCAUCAGAGGUCUCAAACAGUAUGCCGAUUGCAAGAUGAACGUCGGCAAGUGA